UAACCAACCCAGCUGCUAAUUUGGCUGUUUCAUUUAUUUAAUUGUUAAUAUUUGUGAAAUAAAAUGAACUCCCUUAGGCUAUUGACGCCGCUGCAGCUAAACCUGACACUGGCGCGCAGCUAUGGCAAACACAAUAAAAAGUUCCUGUACAAAGAUGGCAAGAAAUACGAGAAUAUUAUUUACUAUCCCAGGACGCCCGACCAUCAGGAUCCGCCAGUGGAGCCGGCCAAGCUGUUUCGGGUGCAGCGCAUAAAGCCCGUUAAGGGUAAUCCGUUCUGGGAGAAGCGCCUGCUCAAAGAUCUGGGCCUGGAUGGCAAACAGAGCGAUUUUACCGUGGUGAAGAACAUACCCGAAAACAAUGCACGCCUAUGGAAAAUAAAGCAUCUGAUAAAAGUGACACCCAUAACAUUUCCAUAUGGCGAGCCCACGGCACAGGACAUCAAGCACACGAUACUCAAGGAGAACGGCGAGUGCCUGGUGACCAAGGACAUCGGACCUGUUGAGGUGCGCGAUGCUGCCCGGGAAGCUUUCGACCAGCAGCCCAAACGCCUGGAUACGGAGCUGCUGCGAAAAGAUUCACGACUCAAAUGGCUGAAUCCCUGGUAGAAAACUAAGAUUCAUUCAGUUU